AUGUACAGAACUACAAGGUCCCCAAUGAUGCAGCCGCUGGUCAACUCAGGAAUGGGCAUGGCUCCUUUCUUCAAGGUGACUGUGUUCGAGCAGGAGCAUUUCCAGGGCAAGUGCCUGGAGUUCACCUCCGAGUGCUGCAACAUUCAGGAGUGCGGACUGGACAACAUCCGCUCCAUCAGGGUGGAGAGCGGAGCCUGGGUGGGUUUCGAGCACCAUGACUUCCAGGGCCAGCAGUUCAUCCUGGAGAGAGGAGAGUACCCCCACUGGGACGCUUACAGUGGCUCCCUCUCCUACCAUGUGGAGCGCCUCAUGUCUCUGCGCCCCAUCUACUGCGCCUCCCACCAGAGCAGUCGCAUGAUCAUCUUUGAGAGGGAGAACUUCAUGGGCCGCAGUGUGGAGAUCUGUGAUGACUACCCCUCUCUGCAGGCCAUGGGCUGGAUGAUGCCUGAGGUUGGCUCCAUGCACGUGCAGUGCGGCGCCUUUGUGUGCUACCAGCACCCAGGCUACAGGGGCCAGCAGUACAUCAUGGAGUGUGAGAGACACAGCGGAGACUACCAGCACUGGAGGAACUGGGGCUCCCACUGUCAGACCCCCCAGAUCCAGUCCAUCAGGCGCAUCCAGCACUGA